UAUUAUCCCAAACACAAUAUCUCAUUACUAAACCUUUCAAUAUUUCUUUUAUCUUACAAACCUCAUUCCUCUCAAACAACGUAACAUCCCAUGGCUCCUGAAGCAAUAACCACCGAUGCAUCAUCGGACGUUACCAUCACCGGAAAGAUAUACACACGAGUCCGUCUCGCUACGAAAUCUGAUCUGUCCCAUAUAUACAAAUUAUUUUACCAAAUCCAUGAAUACCAUAACUAUACUCAUUUAUACAAAGCUACUGAGUCUUCCUUAGCCAACUUGCUCUUUAAAGAAAACCCUCUUCCACUUUUCUACGGGCCAUCCGUACUUCUACUUGAAGUCUCUCCAACCCCUUUUGACGAACCUAAAACUACCACGAAUGAAGGGUUUAAGCCUGUCCGUAAAACUUUCGACCUUAAAUUCCCUGUGGUGGAAGGACAAGUUGAGGAAUUCAGAUCCAAAUAUGAUGAUAAGAGUGAUGUUUACAUCGCGGGAUAUGCUUUCUUUUACGCUAAUUAUUCAUGCUUUUAUGAUAAGCCUGGAUUUUAUUUCGAGAGUCUUUACUUCAGAGAGAGUUAUAGAAAGUUAGGAAUGGGGAGUUUGUUGUUUGGGACAGUUGCAUCUAUUGCUGCUAACAAUGGGUUUGUAUCGGUAGAGGGAAUAGUAGCAGUUUGGAAUAAGAAGUCAUAUGAUUUUUACGUAAAUAUGGGAGUUGAAAUUUUUGAUGAGUUUAGGUACGGAAAGUUGCAUGGUGAAAAUCUUCAAAAGUAUGCUCAUAACAAGGACAAAAACGGCGAAGGGAGCUGUUAGCUAGUAUGGUUUUUUAUGUACUAUAUUGCGCAAUUUAUUAAUUUCUAUGUGUAAUAUUAUUGUAAAAGCAGAAUGCUCAUUAUAUUUGUAAUUUGAAAAAUAAAUAAAUUGGUACUUAUCUUAUAUUA